GUGUGUUCAUGGCGGGUGAGGAGUGACCGCGGGCCGAGGAUGCUGGGCGGCCUGCUGGCGGCUGCCGUCUUGGCCCUGGCGGGGCUCGCCUGCGCCCACCCUGACGGCGACGCGCUGGACGUGGGCGUGGGCGUGAGCAAACGAGACCUUGAGUUCAACCAGUACGUGCCCGGCUACCGGCUGCGGGGCGAGCCGUCGUGCGAGGAGCUGCGCGCCAUGUGGCGGCUGAGCAAGAGAGAGGCCCGGCGCGCCACCUCCACCAACCAGCUCCCGAGGGCCCGCCCCUACACCUACGGCAGACUAAUAGCGUUCGCCCCCGACCCCAACGCCGGCCCCUCCGCGCCCGUCUACGGCCGCAUCUGGAAGGGGCGGUACCCCCCCUUCGGCAAGUCCUCCUCGUCCCAGGUGCCCGCCAAGGGCUCCUUCGAGAAGCUGAAGAUCAUGCUGAUGGACUCCGGCGGCAGCCCCCGGGGCCAGUUCGACACGCUGCGCAGCAUGAUGGCCAUGGAGCGGGGCCCCGGCGUGUCGUCCAAGGGCCGCCUCAAGGAGCUGAUCGGCCUCUCGGCCAGCGAGCGCCGCGAGCAGCGCCCCGUGGCCCUCGCCCUCCGCGCCGUCGAGGAGUCCUACAAGCCCAGCGUCAUGUCUCGCCGGGAGCCGCCGCCGCCGCCGCCGCCCGUCGACAUGUCUCCGCGGACCAUGCGCGGCUCCACGCACUUCUCGCAGCAGGGCUUCGUCGGGCCGCUGCUGCCGGGAGACUCGAGAGUGGGCGGCGGCGCCCCCUGGCAGCCGCCCGCGCCCAACCCCAGCCUGAGAGCUUGUACUGACGUCACGGGAUCCUACUGCCGAGUGAAUUCCGACUGUGCUUGUGAGGGCCUCUACCGGUGUAACAAAGGCAGAUGUAAAGCGACUUCAGCCGUGAAGGACAACCUCGGCUGGUGGUCCCCGGAGCCUCUCGCCUCGCAGGACCUGGGCAUUCACAAGUGGGCGCGAACGGUACCCCGCCCGGCUGCCAUCAACGAGGAGGACCUAGGGCGCCGCGGGUGGACGCGUCGGCAGCCGUGAGGGGCGUGGGCGUCCCCACCACGCCCGUAGCCACAUUCGUUCGCCGCUCGGAGGGGGGGGAAGAGAGAUAUAUAUUAUUCAAGGGAGGAGAACGGAGCUACAAGGAACUUCGUCGUAGCGUAGGAAUAAUGGAAGGAGAACAAGAUAUGAAACAAAGACGAAUAUAAAAAAAAAAAAAAUGAAAAUUAAAAAAAAAAAUGCUUAAAAAAUAGGAUUAAAAAUGAUCUUUUCAAAAAAAAUAAUGAUAAUAAUGAUACAAAAGAAUAAUGAUAUUGAUGAUGAUGAUGAUGAUGAUGAUGUCCCUAGGAAUAUUUCCUGAUUCAACUUACCUCUGCCGGAAUAAUGCGUUGUUUCCCGUUCUUGUUUGUCAUAUGCAGUUCUCACGUUUUUAUUUUAUUCUCUCUCUUAUCUCUCUCUCUCUCUCUCUCUCUUCUCUCUCUCUCUCUCUCUCUCUCUCUCUCUCUCUCUCUCUCUCUCUCUCCUCUCUCUCUCUCUCUCUCUCUCUCUCUCUCUCUCUCUCUCUCUCUCUCUUUCUCCUCUUCUCUCUCUUCUAUCUACUCAUUUUUAUUCUGGAAACCUCAAAAUAGGCAAGGUAGUUUUUUGACUACAUCAACGGCUGAUUCUUAAGUGUUUGUUAUACAAGGGGCAAAGAAUAUGUCUGUUCCGUGUUAUGUACAAGCGCCAUGUUUCGCUGAAGAGAUAAAAAAAA